UGAAGUGAAACUUCCAUGUCUGCUUGCUCAAUAGCUGACAGUACAGUACAGUCACAGGAUGCAGAGGGUGUGACGUUACAUUUGGUGAAGUGCGUCGUUUUGAUCCGACACAUACAAGAAGUGUGCUGUUUUGCUCGCCGGAGAGAACCUGGAGACGCGGGAAGAGACAAAAUGCUGCGGUUCAGCGUGUGGCUCUCAUUUGCGGCCUUGGUCUCCUGUAAAGUUCCAUGUCCUGACAGAAGCGUCUGCUCUGACCACGCCACCUGCUGCCAGACGGAGCAGGGGUACAGCUGCUGUCCUUACCCCAAAGCUGUGUGUUGCCCCGACUUGGCCAACUGCUGCCCCCCGGGGUUCCGGUGCAGCUUGGCCUCUCAGAUGUGUGAGCGAGGCCCCGAGUCGUGGAACAACCCACCGUUGUUGGCGAGACAGGCUGCUGUGGAACCCCGAGUCACCCCACUUCGACCCGUGUCUCACACCAGUAACCUGAAAAAGAUUUGUCAGGACUUGGACUCUGGCGUGGAUUGUUUUCCCGAGGUGCAAAGGAUUUGGACCGGACACGGCGUGAAGACGGCUGUAACGUCUGUGGCAGAGGCCAGUGGAAGCAGGCAGGAGCUGGCAGUCAUUCGCUGUGAUGCCAAGUUCUACUGCCCGCAGGGCACAUCUUGCUGCAAAGGAUCAUCUGCCGGCUCUUGGAAUUGCUGUCCCUACCCACUGGGCCAGUGCUGUGUGGACGGUCAGCACUGCUGUGAAUAUGGAAACACUUGCAACGUCUCCCCUUUGUCGUGCACUAGCCCACACACCUCAUGAGUCCACCGCCAACGCCUUUCUUGCCGCUACCGUACCUUCCAUCUCAGAUCCCUCCAAAGACUAACCCUUUUCCUUGUAACUUACAUAUUCUUAUUCAGUACUAUCAGCCAUGUGGGAUACACUCCCAGUGCAGUUGUUGUCUCCCUCACACUCCAUGUGUCUGUGGGCUUCUUCCACAGUGGGACAUGGCGAUGAUUGAACGCUGCAUUUUGUGGAAUAAAGAAAGACAGUC